AUGGCGCUCGUAGGAACCCUCCUCUUUUGUGAAGACUGCGGCAGUCUUCUGGAUAGACACCCGCCGGAACAGCUCUUGAUCAAGUGCGAUAUUUGCUUCAAGCAGAACAGCAACAAUUGGCCAGCCUCUCAGAAAACCGUUAGCAAGCCUACAGCGUUCCCAUCCCGCCUCCGUGACAAGCGCUCCAACGUACAGAUCUUGACCGCCGAAGAUCGCGACACCUGGGCUACGACCUCAAAGGCAUGCCCCAAGUGCGAUCACGACAAGUUGAAGUUCCGCGACGUCCAGACAAGAGGCGCAGAUGAGGGUAGCACUAUCUUCUACAAGUGCCCUGCUUGCGGUCAUGGGUAUGUGAGCAGAGGGAAGCGUGUCUGA